AUGCUCCUGAUGAGGAUGCAGGAAGGAGUCGAGAAGAAAUUACGACAAGAACAGGCUGCCUACCGAAGAGGAAGAGGGGCAACUGAACAGAUUUUCAUCCUUAGGAAUAUCUUACAACAGAGUGCUGAAUGGCAAACACCCUUGUACAUUGGUUUCAUCGAUUUCAAGAAAGCCUUUGAUAGUGUGAGAAGAGACAAGCUCUGGAACAUUCUCAGGCAUUAUGUAUCAACACCACCAAGACAAAGCACAAAGGUCACCGACAUGAUUUCCAUUGAUGGCUUAGAAUUUGAAGACAUCAACUCCUUCAUCUACCUAAGUGCCACAGUCCUCGGAGCCGGUGGGUCACACGAAGACAUCUCACGCAGGCUGUCAAUCGCAAGAAGAGCAUAUGCCACUCUAAAUCCUGUCUGGAGGUUUAAGACAUACAGCAAGCACACCAAGCUGAGAAUCUUCAAGAGCUGCGUGAUCUCUAUUCUCCUGUAUGGCGCUGAGAUGUGGAGAGUUACAUCAACAGACAUGGAGCGUCUGGAUGUCUUCCAUCGAAAAUGCUUAAGAAUCCUUGGCAUAUUUUGGCUGAACACCAUCUCCAACCGUGAACUCUUUAUGAAAGAGCUAGAGAGGGUCCCAUCUCAGAAACGUUGA